CACACGCGUUACGUUACACCUACACUUACCUACUCUCAGUUGCGGCCGUGUCUUGGCUUGCAGUUUGGUCCGAACCAUCGCCAUCGUCGUUCGAUCGAUCACACGUUGGGAGCAUCUGAGCCGAGCUGUGAGCUUCGUCGGAGCAAUGGUGAAGAGUGGGCAGCAGGAGGCGGCGGCGCCGGGGAGCGGCGGCAAUGCGGCGAGGCAGGGAGGAGGAGGAGGAGGAGGAGGGAGGGGGAGGCAGUACAAGGGGGUGAGGAUGAGGAGCUGGGGGUCGUGGGUGUCGGAGAUCAGAGCGCCCAACCAGAAGACGCGGAUAUGGCUGGGGUCCUACUCCACCGCCGAGGCGGCGGCGCGGGCGUACGACGCCGCGCUGCUCUGCCUCAAGGGCUCCGCCGCCGACCUCAACUUCCCGGUGCACCUCCCGUUCCACAUCCCGGCGGCCGCCAUGUCGCCCAAGUCCAUCCAGCGCGUCGCCGCGGCGGCCGCCGCCAAUGCCAGCAGCAGCCCCCUGCAGCAGCAGCAGCAGCACCACCACCACGGCGGCGCCUUCGCCGCCGCCGCCGGUUACAGCCCCGGGCCCGCGGCGGCCACCACCCCGCCGUGCAGCUACGGAGACAUGUCGUCGUGCUCGGCCGUCAGCUCCCCGGAGACUGCCGACCACGAGAUGGCGCACGACGACCCGACGGCGGCGGACGACGUGGACUACGCCGCGCUCGCCGACAUCGAUGCCUUCUUCCGGUCGCCCAAGUGCAUGGACUACUCCAUGAUGGACCCAUGCAACACGUUCUUCGCGCCGGCGCCGGAAGCGCUCGCCGCCGAGUGGGAGGACGAAGGUGAGAUCAGCCUCUGGAGCUUCUCCUCCCUCAACUGAUCGAGCGAUCGAGCUCAACCACCACCAGCUCAGCCGGAGAUGGAAACCAAAUCCAUGGAGGCGAUCUGAUCGAUCAAAGCCUCCACUCUCUAGUGAUCACCAUUAAGUAAAAUUCAAUUACUGACUGCUAUAUAAAUCAAGACGUGACCAAUGCAAGAAUUGGCCACGGUACAAUAAUCAUAUAAUCAUUCAAUUCAUAAUUAUCCACAUAUAUAAUCAAUUGUACUAGUACUACCGGUUCUUGAUUAUUUUAGGCUAAUUCUGAAUUGCGUGGGGAGCUCUGAUGAAGCUACAUGUUUUAAGGCAGCUUUCCAUGGAGCGAAGCCCCCUCAAUUCCACUGUCAUACCAUGUGUAAAACUGCUGUUCCUGCAACUGCAAGUAAUGAAGCAAUCAACUAUAUGAUGUUAAUUAUGCUA